UGUUGCGCGCCGCUUCCGGUCUGGAGCUUUGUAGUGGGGCUGGAGCAGAGCCUGCCGUGAACCCCCGAAACCUCCCAUCAGCACACCGUGCCAUCCCUCGAAUCCGCCAGGCCGAGUGUCCCACCCGCGCCCGGGACCAUGGCCACUGACUCAUGGGCCCUCGCGGUCGAUGAGCAGGAAGCGGCGGCCGAGUCGUUGAGCAACUUGCAUCUUAAGGAAGAGAAAAUCAAACCAGAUGCCAAUGGCCUUUACAAAAACUUCUAGUGUCAUAGAAUUUGAAUUGUGUCAGCUGUUGGGUAUCGGAUGUGAUUCUGAAUGAUGGCCACUUUGUGUCUGCUAAAGGUGCUGUUGUCAAGACCAGUGCCAAUGCAGAGAAGACAGAUGAAGAAGAGAAAGAGGAUAGAGCUGCCCAGUCCUUACUCAACAAGCUGAUCAGAAGCAACCUUGUCGAUAACACAAACCAAGUGGAAGUCCUACAGCGGGAUCCAAACUCCCCCCUGUACUCGGUGAAGUCUUUUGAAGAGCUUCGGCUGAAACCACAGCUUCUCCAAGGAGUCUAUGCCAUGGGUUUCAAUCGUCCAUCCAAGAUACAAGAGAAUGCAUUGCCACUGAUGCUCGCUGAGCCCCCACAGAACUUAAUUGCCCAAUCUCAGUCUGGUACUGGCAAAACAGCUGCCUUUGUGCUGGCCAUGCUUAGCCAAGUAGAACCUACAAACAAAUACCCCCAGUGUCUAUGCCUCUCCCCAACAUACGAGCUUGCCCUCCAAACAGGAAAAGUGAUUGAACAAAUGGGCAAAUUUUACCCUGCACUGAAGUUAGCUUAUGCUGUUCGAGGCAAUAAAUUGGAAAGAGGCCAGAAGAUCAGUGAGCAGAUUGUCAUCGGCACCCCUGGGACCGUGCUGGACUGGUGCUCCAAGCUCAAGUUCAUUGAUCCCAAGAAAAUCAAGGUGUUUGUUCUGGAUGAGGCUGACGUCAUGAUAGCCACUCAGGGCCACCAGGAUCAGAGCAUCCGCAUCCAGAGGAUGCUGCCCAGGAACUGCCAGAUGCUGCUUUUCUCCGCCACCUUUGAAGACUCUGUGUGGAAGUUUGCCCAGAAAGUGGUCCCAGACCCAAACGUUAUCAAACUGAAGCGUGAGGAAGAGACCCUGGACACCAUCAAACAGUACUAUGUCCUGUGCAGCAGCAGAGACGAGAAGUUCCAGGCCCUGUGUAACCUCUACGGGGCCAUCACCAUUGCUCAAGCCAUGAUCUUCUGCCAUACUCGCAAAACAGCUAGCUGGCUGGCAGCAGAGCUCUCAAAAGAAGGCCACCAGGUGGCUCUGCUGAGUGGGGAGAUGAUGGUGGAGCAGAGGGCUGCGGUGAUUGAGCGCUUCCGAGAGGGCAAAGAGAAGGUUCUGGUGACCACCAACGUGUGUGCCCGCGGGAUCGACGUUGAACAAGUGUCCGUCGUUAUCAACUUUGAUCUUCCCGUGGACAAGGAUGGGAACCCUGACAACGAGACCUACCUACACCGGAUAGGGCGCACGGGCCGCUUUGGCAAGAGGGGCCUGGCAGUGAACAUGGUGGACAGCAAGCACAGCAUGAACAUUCUGAACAGAAUCCAGGAGCAUUUUAAUAAGAAGAUAGAAAGAUUGGACACGGAUGAUUUGGAUGAGAUCGAGAAAAUAGCCAACUGAGAAGUUCCACCAGCCACUGGUGCCAGCCCUGGCACUGCCCCAUCACGGGAGACAAGUGCGUUCAGGGCACAGGCCCCAACAUCACCCCAAGGACAGCGGCACGAGGAGAGAGAAACUACCUACCUCACUUCAAAUUAUGUUUGGACUUGACAAAAAUGUGUACAAAUGAUGGGGGAUGGUAGAAAAAAUUAUUUACACAAUAUUGGAAAAUUAGGCAUGAAUACACAGAGAUUUACCUUUUGGAAGUUUCAUCUUUUAAUUUGGCCAGUGCUUCCUUCAUGCUACUCUAGAUGCUGCAGCUGAUUUCUUACCCAGGAUCUCCUGUGGCAGCCUGUGCUUGUUCUCUGGUUUGGAGUGGGUGGGCCAGCCUUCAGCUCCUGUGGAAGUCAGGGAAUAGCAGUGAAAAGGGAACACAGAGAGACAGGCCUCCAAUAGAAUAGGUGUGUAAGCCCAGCCAUCAUGUCUGGAAUGGCAUGAGGCAGCAGAGGAGGCCUGAGAGCUGCUGCUUUGGACCUGGGGUGAGACAGCUCACCUGAGUAUUGCCAGGCCCCCAUCCUAAUGUCCACAGCAGAAGGGGAUUUGUUAAAUAAGCAUGGACCAAAAUGCCAACCUCUCAGACCUUUGUAUAUGGGUUUGUGCCACAGGACUGUGGCCUAUUCUCGGUGGGUACAGUCUGUAUAGAGUGCGCAUCUGAUUAGUGGUGGGUCCUGUGCUUGUGUGUAAGCAAGUCCUGCAGAGAAGUCAUCGUGGAGAAUUACUGGUGGCCCCAGCUUGCCACAAAACCUGAUCUCAUGAGCAUUUGCAACAUCCUUUUUGUGUCCUUAAUAUCAUCUUACUCCAUAGUAGCCCCAAGCAAAUGUGAUCUGAGAUUUAGUGAAAAUUGUGGUUUCAAGUCUCUAAUGGCCAGCUUCAAGGCAGUUCUAGACGUGGUCAGCAGUCGUCACAAAUUCUUGCUUUGUCUCCAUACCCAGAAGGCAAGUUUUGUCAGAGCUGGGAAGUGAUUUCAGAUAUUUGACGUCUUUAUUAUAAAAGGCUUCUGAACA